ACGCCUCCGUUUGGGCGGAGUCAAGCGUUUCUUUCUUUCCGGUCUGUGAAAAAAUCCUAGCGGAUGCGUUGCCUUGUGUUUAUACGCCAAUUUCACGGGUAAAACUGUCCAUCCACAUCAGGAAUAAUUUUAUGUAGGUCCAACGCACGAAGGAGCUAUUAGUCGUUUGAGCACAGCUGGACGACCACCACCCAACAACAUUAUGUCGACGGGCCCCGGGCACACCAGCACGGUGACGGAACCGUGGGGGAGCUUUGACGACCACCUCGUCCAGGGCGGCAGCUCGGCGGUCAUCGACAUGGAAAACAUGGAUGACACGUCAGGCUCCAGUUUCGAGGACAUGGGAGAGCUACAUCAGAGGAUGAAGGAAGAGGAGGAAGUUGCGGCAGAGGCAGCGGACGCUGACGACCAAGACGGGGACUUCUUGGGUAUGAAGGGCUUCAAGGGUCAGCUGGGCAGGCAAGUGGCAGAUGAAGUGUGGCAAGCAGGAAAGCGCCAGGCAUCUCGAGCCUUCAAUGUGUACGCCAACAUUGACAUCCUGAGGCCCUACUUUGACGUGGAACCCGUUCAGGUGCGCAGCAGGUUGACCGAGUCCAUGAUUCCUGUCCGCUUGAUCAACUUCCCUCAGAAGAUUGCAGGUGAGCUUUAUGGUCCGCUCAUGCUGGUCUUCACAUUGGUUGCCAUCUUGUUGCACGGGAUGAAGACAUCCGGGACUGUCAUUAGAGAGGGUACGUUGAUGGGAACGGCCAUCGGAACGUGUUUUGGUUACUGGCUAGGAGUUUCUUCUCUGAUCUACUUCCUGGCAUAUCUACUCAAUGCUCAGAUCACCAUGUUGCAAAGCCUCUCCCUACUGGGCUACGGCUUGUUUGGCCACUGCGUGGCGCUCCUGGUGAGCUACAACGUGCACUUUCACCAGCUCUUCUACGCUCUCUGGCUGGUGCUGGGAGGACUGUCCACCUUGCGCAUGGUAGCGGCUCUGCUGUCCCGCACAGUGGGUUCCAUGCCUCGCCUGCUGCUGUGUGCUACAGUUUCUGCGCUGCACAUGCUCUUCCUGCUCUACCUUCACUUUGCCUACCACAAGAUGGUGGAAGGCAUACUGGACUCCCUGGAAGGAUCCAAUAUGGCCGCCAUGCAGCGGGUGGCCAGGGAUGUGGAAAAUGUCAGGGUCAAUGCCACCGUCGCCCUCGCCCUGUGACCCCCCCCCCCCCCCACACACACACACACACACAACACGUCUCCCACCCCUUCUGUCUUCUCUUCAUGGUUACAGUUGUCUUCAUGCCAUGUAAAUAUGCAAUUUACUCCCCCUUAGUUAAUUUGAAUCUAAUACAUAAUUUGGACUCCCUGACAACGUGUGUGUGGUUUUUUUGGGGUGGGUGGGCGCAAAGGGCUAUUUUGUGACAAAACGACAAAGCGAUGAAACGUGCAGUCAAAGCUGUUGGUCUGAUCUAAUGGACGUCCGACUGGAAAGCAGAAGGAGCGCCAGCUGUGGUAGCCUCCCUCACAGGGAUCUGUAGGGUGACCAAUUCAUCAGACAAAGGCUAUGUUUGUGUGGGACAGUAGAACUUUUGAAAAUAUAAACAUUUCUAUUCUGCCCCUUUGCUUAAAAUAAUGAUGUGCGGCCCGCGGCCGGCCCACGUCUACAUUUAGACUGUCCUGACGCAUUGAGUCAUAAAAUCAAUAAGUGGUCCGCUGCCCUGCGCGCCCCAGAGCGAGCCACAGAAAUGAAACUCGUCCUAACGGGAACGCGCAUAUGAGCCAGCGCUCAUGAUCGGUUGCGAGUGUGUCUCCUCCAUCCCUUCCCAGUUCACGCACACACAGGUGUCAGUUUGUUUGUUUGUUUGUUUGAUUGAUUGAUUGAACUUUAUUCAUCCCACAGAAGAGAAAUUCACUUGUCACAGCAGUCCAUAUGAGUGCAAGAAUAAAACAAGUGCCAGAAUUACAAAAAAGACAAGGACAAACACAGGUUCUGCUAGUAGAGACGAAAAACAUUCAUUUUAUCAGGUGGCAUGCACGUUGUAAAGUCUUGACAGCAGAGGGAAUGAAGGAUCUGCGGAACCGUUCCUUCCUACACCGAGGGUGCAAAAGUCUGCCGCUAAAGGAGCUGCUCAGGGACCGCACAAUCUCAUGGAGGGGGUGAGAGGUGUCCAUGAUGGAUUUAAGCUUAAUCAACGUACUCCUCUCACCCACAACCUCAAUGGAGUCCAGAGGACAGCCCAGGACAGAGCUUGCUCUUCUGACCAUCUUAUUCAGUCUUCCCUGUCCCGGUCAGAACUGCCCCCACCCCAGCAGACCACAGCGUAGAGCAGGGGUCACCAACCUUUCUUAAACCGAGAGCUACUUCCUGGGUACUGAUUAAGGCAAAGGGCUACCAGUUUGACACACUUGUGAAAUAGCCAAUUUGCUCAAUUUGGCUUUCACUGUGUUAUUAUUGUCAUUUCCAGUGCACAUGUGUGAUUUUAACAAGAAUAGCAAAAAUACAGUCAAGCCUUGGUUUAUGACCACAAUCCGUUCCAGAAGGCGGUUCGAGAAGCGAAUCGGUCGAAUUACGACUCUAUUUUUCCCAUUACAAAUAAUGGAAAUAUUUUUAAUCCGUUUCAAGACAAAAACCCCCAACUUUUUAAAGCAUUUUUUCAUUUGGGCGUAUUUGUCCGAUCACGCAACUGCAGCGCACCACCGAACGCGCAACCGUAUCGCGUCUCCGACCGCGCAACUGUUGGUGUUGGGGAGUUGUUGGUCACCACCACAGAAUACCUCCCUCUUGCUGUGUGAGAAAGAGACGGACGGGCCAGCUUCCCUAACCCUGAUGGACAGCCAUACACUGGUUUCAAGUGGCCAACGCUUUGACUGAUUUUCAUGAGUGACUGUCUUUUAUAUUGUAAUAUCAUGACCAGAAAGAUUAUUAUAAUGUAAAAUGAUGUUUUGACAGUAAACAUACUUUCGUGGAUUCUCUGAACCUUUUGAUGAUAUUAUGGACCGUAGGGAUUUCAAUGAAAUCCCUAAGUUCCUUGCAAUUUUGCUUUGAGAAAUGUUGUUCUUAAACUGUUCAACUAUUCAACAGUAUUGUCUUCACAGACAUCUUUAACACUUCCCUGCAGCAGGCCAUUGUCCCGUCAUGUUUCAAAGCUGCCACCAUUGUACCUGUGCCGAAGAAACCCGCUCCGUCCUGCUUCAAUGACUACCGCCCCGUGGCACUUACGCCCAUCAUCAUGAAGUGCUUUGAGCGGCUUGUCAUGGAGCACAUACGAUCCGUUCUCCCCCCCACCAUUGACCCCUUCCAGUUUGCGUACCGAGCCAAACGGUCCUCUGAGGAUGCCAUCUGCUCUGCCCUCCACUCGGCCCUCACCCACCUGGAGAGAAGGGACUCGUAUGUGAGAUUGCUGUUUGUGGGCUGUGUGCUCAGUCUGCUGCUCUUCACCCUCCUGACGCAUGACUGCACUGCAACCUACAGCGACAACCGUAUAGUGAAGUUUGCUGACGAUACAACUCUGGUGGGUCACAUCACCAAGGGAGACGAGACUCAAUACAGGCUGGAGGUUGACCUUCUGACCACGUGGUGCAGGGACAACAACCUCCUGCUGAACGUCGACGAGACCAAGGAGAUUGUUGUGGACUUCCGGAAGGGUCACACCCAACACCUGCCGCUGACCAUCGACGGUGCUGUGGUGGAGAGAGUGAGCAGCGCCAAGUUCCUGGGGGUGCACAUCAGUGAGGAUCUCUCCUGGUCCACCAACACCGCAUCACUGACAAAGAAAGCCCAGCGCCGCCUGUACUUCCUGCGGAAACUCAGGCGAGCGAGCGCUCCUCCGGCCGUCAUGACUACAUUUUACCGCGCCACCAUUGAGAGCGUCCUCUCCAGCUGUAUUGCUGUUUGGGGUGGCGGCUGCACUGACUACAACUUGAAGGCCCUGCAGCGCAUAGUGAACAUGGCUGGUAAGAUUAUUGGUGCUUCGCUCCCCUCCUUGAAGGACAUUUAUACCUCCCAUCUCAUCCGCAAGGCGACCACGAUUGUGAGUGAUGUGAGUCACCCCGCUCACUCUUUGUUUGAGCUUCUGCCCUCUGGGAAGAGGUACAGGAGCCUGCGCUCCCGCACCACCAGACUCUCCAACAGCUUCAUACUCCAGGCUGUUAGGAUCCUGACCUCGCCCCCCCUUUCUGCGUAGCGUCCUGUACUUUGCACUAUGCUUACUGUCUGCUGUACGCACACUGGCUCAGUUUUGCUCCUCUUAUUUAUUGGGUUAUUUGUUUAUUAUUUAUUCAUCACUCAUCUUAUUUAUUUAUUAGUUAUUGUUUGUGCCUUCUUGUUUUUAUUUUGUGUCGUCUACUUGUAUGUUUAUCGUGUAGUGUCUCGUCACCGUGGGAUGGAGGAAACGGAAUUUCGGUUUCUUUGUGUGUCUGUCUUUGUUUGCCGUUUUUAGGGUGCAUAUUAUAUAUGGGGGCGUAUUAUACAUGGAAAAUUACGGUAAUUACUGAGACAGUUCGGGUCAAGAUUUGGUCGUUUAAGUAGCGGUUUAAUGAUAGCGGUUUUAAAGGCUGUUGGCACCACGGCUGUGGACUCGGUCGGAUUUUUGCACCGAGUCCGGCCUCUUGGCCAUGAGUCCGAGUCCGGCUGUCCAUUUUUUCUGUUAAUUCAUGUGACUGCUUAGUCUUUAUUCAAGGCUAAUUUAAAUCAAAAUCUAAAUAAUUACAACAGUUUUGUGAUGGCUUUGUCUUUAUUAAACAUAUAAACGAAUACAAUAAACAGAUACUUUCAAGUUUUAAUCAUUAAUUACUACGGGUGUAACGAUACAUCGAUACACAUCGAUUAAUCGAUAUAAUGCUCUACGAUUUAUUGGCAUCGAUGCUAAACGUAAACAUCGAUUUAUAUCGCCGUGUUUGACCUCGGACAUUAGACGUGACUUUAUUUUGAAAUCCAGUUCAUUGUUGCUUGCUUCCUCUUUCCGGGAGCAGGGAGCAGUGCGCGGCGUUGCUGCACGUGAAAGGGGAGUCGACAACUAGUACGCGGCUCCUGGGCUGGUGCUAUGGCUAGUGUCCAAAAAGACGAGGAAAUUUGCUCCCCUUUAGGCUUCAAGUCAUUCGUUUGGAAGCACUUUGGAUUCCAAAGAAAAGAUGGCUCAACGGACAAGACACGUGCAGUUUGUAAAUCCUGCCAUGCGUAGUACGUUGUUGAUUAUGCGUAUGAAUUGUUAUAAAUCAGGAUAUUGUUCUAUAUUUUUUAUUAAAAAAUAAAUAUCGAUCGUAGAGCACUAUAUCGCGAUAUAUCGUGAAUAAAUCGCAGAAGGCUUUAAGAUAUCGGCAAAUAUCGUAUCGUAGUUCUUUGUAUCGAUAUGAUAUCGUAUCGUGACAAAACACGCGAUUUACACCCCUAUUCACGAGUGAGUCACAGACAGCAUUGCUACUAUGCCAGCCGACACACGUUAUGCCGACAUUGACGUUUUAAUUUUAUAUUUGUUGGCUUGUAGUUGAUUGUGUUAUUAUACCGACUGUGAUUCGAUAAAAGGUUGAAAAAAAAAAAAAAAACGUUAUGCCGACAUUUGUUAUUUAAGGGGACACCAACUCAUAUAACAACAUGAAACACAUAUACAUUGUCAUAUAAACCAGUACAGAGGCGUAGCCAAGCCGGGGCGAGCCGGGGCGGCGCCCCGGUUAGGACUCCCUGCGACCCGGUUGAAAAAAAAUCGAGCUUUUUCGAUUCUUCAUUUUCAUGCCGUUUUUUUCUUUCGGUCUUGCGCGAAUGUGCUUGCGCUAUUCUAUGUGCGCGAUGUUAUCCAUUUACCGUUUGCCACCCGGACCCGGAUGUUGUUUUUGCGAUCAGCGAACGGCGUGGGUGAUGUUCGAUUUUUUUUCCUGUGGGUGCGCCCCUAAUGGAAAAAUUCCUGGCUACGCCUCUGAACCAGUAAGCCAAAUGUCUGAUUUUUAUGUUUUAAUGGGCGAAUAUAAAAACAAAGAAUAAAACACGAGACAAGUUUUAACAUAAAUGUUUAUUAAAAUAAUAAAAAUAAUAAAUUCGCGACUCGUUCGUGAAGGGCAAAUUAGGUCACUGACUCGUAAAGUCCCUCCUCCAUCUAACGCUCGCUGGCGCUGCUGAUUGGUCGAUCACGAAGAUUCACGAGUGACUGACAGACAGCAUAGCCGACACACGUUAUGCCGACAUUGAUGUUUUAAUUUUGUAUUUGUUGGCUUGUAGUUGAUGGUGUUAUUAUACCGAAUGCGAUUGUGUUUGAAUAAAAGGUUGGAAAAAAAACAGUUAUGCCGAUAUUUGUUAUUUAAGGGGACACCAACUCAUAUAACAACGUAAAACUUAAAAACCAGUUAACCAAAUGUCUGAUUUUUAUGUUUUAGUAUGCAAAUAUAAAAACAAGGAAUAAAACACUAGACAAAUUUUAACAUAAAUGUUUAUUAAAAUAAUAAUAAUAAUAAUAGUAAAUUUCAAACCAGCAAUCUAAUGUGAAAUUGCAGUAGAUAUAUUGGAUAACAAUAUGUAAGCGUAUAUAUAAAUACACGUUAUUUAAAAACUACUAUAAGUGUUAUAAAAUAAAGAUUACCCAAAGAGAAGCAUAAUCUCCUCGUUGUUGCAUAACGGCGAAUGCCCUUCCUGCAAUAAAGUUAGCCGUUAGCUUGGAGAAAACGAGCAUAAAAGAAGUGGUGUUUCAGUGAGUGGUUCUUUCUUUCCUUGGCAAAUCGUAAAUCUAUACAUUCUGGCUUACCGUUGGAAUAAUGUGCCCAAAAAGACUUAACUGUCUCCCAUGUGGUUCUUGCAAAAUAAGUUAGAGUGAGCACCACUCUAACAUUUUGGUGCCGAAACCCGGGACCCUCAUACCCGCCAUCUGGCUGACGGAGGACGACACGCUGUACACCGUCGACGGGCCAGCGUCCAUUUAGCCGGACCUGGUAAAGAAAGACCUGGGAAGGAAAUUCUUCGCUGGGCCAGCAUCUUAGGUCUGCCUUCGUCUGACAGAUGUGGAUUGACGGUACCCGGUGUUGUGCAGCGAAUCAAGGGGACAAGUAAGUUAAAGCCCUAAAGUUGUGUGAUUGUGUUGUUGUGAAACGCGUAAAAGGUAGAGGUGCACGGAAUAUAGCUUGGGUUCGAGUCCCAGGCGAAGAAACAGGCUAAGAAAAGCAGAGCUUCUUUUUCGUUCAUCGAAGAAGUGCGUAGAUUCUUUGUCUGUUUUUCCAAGCUGAGGGAUCUGGCUUGGGUUGGAGUCCCAGUGGAAGGAACGUGCUAAGAAACACGGAGCUUCUUUUUUUGUUAAUCAAAGAAGAGUGUAGAUUUUUCUUUGUACGUUUUUCCGGCCAAAGAACAGCUCGGGUUCAAGUCCCAGUGGAAAGAACGGGCUAAGAAAAAAACAGAGGUUUUUUUUCUUAAUUGAAGAAGGGCGUAGAUUCUUUUUUUUGUCCGUUUUUCCAAGCUGUUUGGAAGGGUUUUGCACCCAUCCUGGAUAGGCCUAGAAAUAAAAAGCGCUGGAGUUUGUGUGAUUGAGAGUGACUGGUAGGAUAAAUGGACUAAAUAGCAGUUCUAGCAUUGAUCCACGGCAAUAAUACAGGCUAGUAAUUGUUGAAAGUUCAAUUUAAACUUGCAUUGAGGAUCCUCAAAGAAAGAGAAUAAAUUUUGGAAAAAAAAUUUUAUAAACCUAAAAUACCAAAUUAAGGUGGGAAAUAAAAACGGUAAAUCCCUAGCUCUUAACGGAGAUGAGAAGUACAUAGCGAGUAAAUUUGUUAAUUGUAUGCAAUACAUGCCGAAGUGGAAGAAAAAUAUGGAGUAGAAGGGAAGUUGAAAGUUGAAGUGUGGAAGAUAGUGGUUGAUGUUUUGGAGGAGAGUGUGAAUAGGAAGUCAGAGGGACUGAAAAAGAAAAGAGAAAGAAUUGAUUUGUGCUAGAAUAUGGUUGAAUGCUUCACAAGAGAGAAGAGAACAAAUCCAAAAGACAAAAGAUAGAAAGAUGAAAAGUGAUGAGGCUGCGACCAUGUUUGUCAGGCCGGAAGACAAUGAGGCCACAGUGCGCAGGCGCACUGUCCCGGAUGCAGCGCAAGCAGAGGAGCAAGAGAGGCUGUUUGCUUGUGCGCAAAACUUGUAUCCAAGCUUAACAGACCUGCGCCCUCCGUCAUAUAACAGCAAAAAAUGUCAGGGUCAAAUGAUUAGAAGCCCUGUACAAACAAGAGGUUUGACCACUGCUGCUAGAUUUUCCCAAAAUUUAGACAAUGUUGAUGUGUGCCCAAUGAUCCAAGUGCCGAACCCUAUUGUAGGGGAAGGCCAACCUCUACAUACAUAUGUUUUUCGGCCAUGGACUUUGGAAGAGACAAGGAAAGCAGUUGAAGGGAUUACCCCUGUUGCUAAAGACCCAGAAAAAGGGGCAGAAGACAUGGCUGGAACCAUACAUUCCUAUAGACUAAAUGGGCAUGAGGCAGGAGAAGCUGCAAUGUCUUCCUUGGGAAAAGACUGGGCAAAGGUUAGAGGAAAUUACACAGGUAGAAAUAAUCAAGGGCCUUUUCCCUAUCAUGUUGAGGGAAAUCAAUUGGGAGGGGAGUAUGCCGCACAAUGGAAUGAUCUUGUGCAAAGAGUGCAAAUUAUAUUUCAAAGACGAGCGAAUUAUGGUCAUUUGGCAGGAAUAAAGCAGAAGCCUGGGGAAGAUACUGAUGAUUUUCGCUUGAGAUUUGAAAAAGAAUUCAGGGUGCAUAGUGGCAUCCCAUUCAAUGAUGCAGCUGAGAGUGCUUAUCAGCAACAGCUUAAAAAUGCGCUCCUUACUCAUUUCCGCCCUGAAAUAGGCAACUGGGUGAGGAAACAUUUGGUGGAAGUAGAUAUUGCAAGUGUGACAACAACUAUGCAAUGGGCCAGACAUGCUGAAAAAGUGAUAAAAAAAGGCAAAAGUUCUGAUGUAUUUCAUCUAGACGUUAAUGACCUAGAUCAGUGGUUCCCAAACUUUUGCAGGCUGGCGCCCCCUUUGGCUCCCCAGUGAAUUCCUAGCGCCCCCCUCCUACCCCCCCUACCCCCCCCAACCUUUUUUGCGCCACGGACCGGUUACAUGUCAGAAAUAUUUUCGCGGACCGGCAUUUAUAUAAAUAAAUAAUACAUUUAUAUAAAUAAAUAAAUAAUACAUUUAUAAUAUCAUUACCAUUACGUUGAAUUAGUGGGAGCACUGAGUUUGUUUCUCAGAAACGAGCCGGUCCCAUCUAGACGUAAUCGGAGACAAUGACACCCGAAGUGAUUUAAGGUUUGUCUUUUAUUGCAGGUUGCUUGGUCUCCAUGUGUUGAAGCAGUUUUGAAUGCUUCACUGCCUGGUUAGUUAGCCUGUCGCCACAUAUUAGCUUUGCGGGCUCGACUGGGGAAACAUGUCACGUGACCGGGACGAGCGUCUUGACCUGAAUUAAUUGAUCGUCGAUAAAAAAAAAAUUUCUGUGCGGCUUGGCGGCCCGGUACCAAGUGACCCACGGACCGGUACCGGGCCGCGGCCCGGUGGUUGGGGACCAUUGCCCUAACCAGCUCAACACAACACAACACGGCGCGUUCUGGCGAGUCCCCAAUUUCAUGUUGACUUGAACUCAAGAUGAUGUUGACCGCCAGAAUGCGGUUUUUAUUAUAAGAUAAAAUUCUGAACAUUACAAGCUUGAAAUUACAAACGUGAGCUUUUGCUUUUGUAGCUAUGCUGUCGUAUCUGACUGGGCCAGAGCGGCGUGCGUGUUGUGUACAAAUCGACUGCCGCCCCCCUACCGCCCCCCUACCGCCCCUUUCUUCCUCACCGCCCCCCCAGAGCUUUCCACCGCCCCCAGGGGGGCGGUACCGCCCACUUUGGGAACCACUGACCUAGAUGAAGACACAACAGUCUUCUUCCAAGGGCCCCAGAGGGGCAGAGGAGGUAGAGGCCAACAAGGUCGAAGGCCACCAUACAAUUCAAAACCCCCACCAGAUUCUGGCAACUGUUGGAACUGUGGGAAACGUGGACACUGGUCAAGGGAGUGUCGUUUUGCAAAACAAAACCAAUCAAGGGAAGGAGGAAGGGGGAGAGGGAAAGCCAAAUUCUCAGCAUGACUAGAUUGCCUCAUUGAUUAUGAGGACAAAGGUGAUGGAUGGAGCUACAGUACCAGUUGUGACAUGUGGAAGCAAACAGUGUGUGAAGUAGCUGUUGGUAGGGCAACCUGACUAGUUGACAUUUGUUUUAAUGAAAAGGAAGAGGAGGAAUUGGCUGGGCUUCCUGAAAACUGUGGACAAAGGGCCCAUCUGGUGUAGGACUUUUAACGUCCAUUCCACCAGUACAGAUCAAAUCAAGAUCAGAGUGGCGUCCAAGAGUUAAGCAAUAUCCUUUAAAACACGAGGCAAUAAAUGGGAUUACCCGUGUUAUAAAUGAUCUUUUGACAGGAGGAAUCAUUAGGAAGUGCUCGGAUUCUCCUUGCAACACUCCUAUUUUUCCAGUCCAAAAGGCCAAUAAAAUUGAUUGCCGAAUGAUACAAGAUUUACGAGCAGUGAAUGAUGCAGUGCAGACAAGUGCACCUAAUGUGCCUGACCUACACACACUUCUGAACACUUUGAAACCUAACCAGAAGUUUUUCACAGUAAUUGAUCUUAGCAAUGCAUUUUUCUCAGUGCCAAUUCACCCACACUCACAGUUUUGGUUUGCGUUUACCUUUAAAGGACAAAGCUAUACGUACACCAGAUUGCCACAGGGAUUUGCUGAGAGUCCAACUAUUUUCAUUCAAGCUAUCAUGGCCUGUUUGGCUGAUUUUCAGAUGUCAAACAAAAGCCAACUUCUAGUUUAUGUAGAUGAUCUCCUGGUAGCCUCUGAAACUGAAGCUGCUUGCAAGGAAGACUCCUUAGUAGGGGUGUAACGAUACAUCGAUACACAUCGAUUAAUCGAUAUAAUGCUCUACGAUUUAUUGGUAUCGAUGCUAAAGGUAAACAUCGAUUUAUAUCGCCGUGUUUGACCUCGGACAUUAGACGCGACUUUAUUUUGAAAUCCAGUUCAUUGUUGCUUGCUUCCUCUUUCCGGCGUUGUUGUGUUGUGAGCAGAGCACGCGCGUGAAAGGGGAGGGGACAACUAGUCCGCGGCUCCUGGGCUAGUGCUAUGGCUAGUGUCCAAAAAGACGAGGAAAUUUGCUCCCCUUUAGGCUUCAAGUCAUUCGUUUGGAAGCACUUUGGAUUCCAAAGAAAAGAUGGCUCAACGGCCAAGACACGUGCAGUUUGUAAAUCCUGCCAUGCGGUGAUCAAAUAUUCAGGGAGCACAAAUCUCGCCGCACAUUUAAAGAAAAAACACGACAUCAAAGUUCAGUGUUAAAGUAAGCAAUUUGUAUACUACAAUACUCUUGUAUUUCCUAAAUAAAGAGUUUGCAGUACCUUGUUGAUUUUGCGUAUGAAUUGUUAUAAAUCAGGAUAUUGUUAUAUAUUUUUUACUAAAAAAAAAAAAAUAUCGAUCGUAGAGCACUAUAUCGCGAUAUAUCGUGAAUGAAUCGCAGCAGGCUUUAAGAUAUCGGCAAAUAUCGUAUCGUAGUUCUUUAUAUCGAUAUUAUAUCGUAUCGUGACAAAACCCGCGAUUUACACCCCUACUCCUUAGCAUUGUUACACUUUCUCUGCAAAACAGGGAAUAAAGUGAGCAAGAACAAGCUACAAUGGGUCAGACAGGAAGUGAACUAUUUAGGUUACACUUUGUCAGCUUCUGGAAGACAGAUACAGAGAACCAGAAAGCAGAUCAUUGCAGAUGCACCGAAACCUGAAACAAAAAAACAAAUGUCAUUUUUGGGGCUCUGCAAUUACUGUAGAGCAUGGAUCCCACAUUAUGCGGAAAAGACACAACCGCUGCUGAACAUUGUGCAUGGAGUCCCCAUGGCAAUGACAGAAAAAAUAAUGUGGACAACAGUAGCAGUAGUGCUUUUGUGGUGCUGAAACAGGCUCUGAUAGAAACUACAACUCUUAUCUUGCCAGACUACAAUAAAACCUUUGUGCAAACAGCAGACUGCAGGAAUGGUUUUAUGACCUCAGUGUUGCUGCAGAGUCAUGGCAGCAAACUAAGACCAAUUGCAUUUUAUUCCACAAAAUUGGAUCCAGUGGCUCAAUCUUUGCCAGACUGUGUCCAAGCAGUGUGCUCGGCAGCGCUUGCAGUGAGACAAGCUGCAGAUGUGGUGCUCUUUCACAAAAUGGAGCUGCUAGUUCCACAUGCUGUAGACGUGUUGCUACUGCAAAGUAAAAUGAACUUUUCGUCACCAGCCAGACACCUGUCUUACACUGCUACACUUCUGUCACAACCACACAUUGUGAUAAAAAGGUGCACAGUCCUUAACCCAGCAACGUUGGUCCCGUUGCCAGGGGAUGGUACCCCACAUAACUGUUUGGAUGCCACAGAACAUCUACAGCUACCCAGAGAAGAUUUACGUGACACGCCACUUGACAAAGGGUAAAAGUGGUUUGUGGAUGGAUCAUGUUCAAAGGAUCCUAAAGGAAACAAUAAAAGUGGUUAUGCAAUUGUGAAAUUGCCAAACCAGAUUGUUGAAGCGGAGAAGCUUCCAUACAACAGGUCAGCGCAGGCUGCUGAGCUAAUUGCGCUAACAAGAGCUUGUCAAUUAGCGGAAGAUAAGGAAGUCACUGUAUACACAGACAGUCAGUAUGCGUUUUCUACUCUGUUCUAUUUUGCGAAACAAUGGGAGCGCGGAGGGAUGACAACAUCGACCGGUAAGACGGUUACCCAUGCCUCCUUGUUAAAAGACUUGUUGCAGGCCAUUCAUUUACCUGCUAAACUAGCUGUGUGUAAAUGUGCUGCUCACACCACUGGCACAGAUGAAGUCUCAAAUGGAAACAGAUUAGCAGACAAAAUUGCUGAAGAAGCAGCAGCAGGGAAACAUGGCCAUGAAUUCUUUUUAAUAGAUUCAGAGGACACGCAACUCAUAGAUAAGACUAUACUAACAGAUAUGCAGGGCAAUGCUCCAAUGGUGGAAAAACGAAUGUGGACGACAAAAGGUGCAAUGAUGGAUACAGAUAAUAUCCACCGCAUCAAUGACAAACGUGUUUUACCAAAAUCAUUUUUUAAGGCAGCAGCGAUUGCGACUCAUGGGCCUUGCCAUGUGUCGACAGGAGGGAUGAAGUCUAUCAUGCAUCAACAAUUCACUACCUUUGGUUUUGAUACUUACUUAAAACAAAAUUGUAAAGCAUGUCCUGUUUGUGUGAAACAUAAUCCACAAGGAAAUAUGAGACCUAAGAGAGGCUCAUUUCCAAAACCGUCUUACCCAUUUCAAAUCAUGCACAUGGAUUUUAUUGAGCUCACACAAAGUGGACCUCACAAAUACUGCUUAGUGAUGAUUGAUGCAUUUUCCAAAUGGGUGGAAAUAGUUCCAUCUAAACGAGCAGAUGCCUUAACAGUGGCAAAAGCCAUCUGCAAAGCCAUCAUACCUACUCAUGGCAUCCCCCAAACCAUUUACAGUGACAAUGGUCCACACUUUGUGAACCAAGUUGUACAGAACAUGGCUGUACACCUUGGGAUAACAUUAAAAAACCACUGCGCUUGGCAUCCUGCGAGCGCUGGCCUGGUGGAACGAGCAAACUCCACUAUCAAAAGCAGGUUGAAAAAAUGCAUGGAAACAACAGGCAGAUCUUGGCCAGAGUGCCUAGAUUUAGUGAAGCUCUAUAUGAGAAUUACUCCCACUUCAGAAGGGCUAACACCUUUCGACAUCAUCCAUGGGAGACCAUAUAGACUACCUGUGUUCCCUGCAGAUUUGCAAAAAGCAGAUGAAGAACAGUCCUUGGCAGACUAUAUGAUAAGGACGCUCAAACUGAAAGAUGUGUCAAAUGCAAAUUUACUGCCGCCUGAUCUUUCCUCCUCACAGGUCGACAACCCCAUCAAUCCAGGAGACUGGGUCUACAUCAAGGUAGUUAAAAGAAAGAACUGGGUCAGCCCACGGUGGGAGGGACCAUUCCAAGGUGGCCUACACAGAGCGGCGGCCUGGAGAGAACUAUACAUGUUACAUCCAAGGAAGUAAGACCCACAAAUGCAUUGACAGUGACUGCUCUCCAGGAGGAAACUGGAUGGGAGCUUUGGACAUCGCCGCUGAGUGUCAAGAUAGGAGAGCCAUUUCAGUUGGGGAGGGCUCUCCGACUAACAUGUCUGCACCAUCGAACGGAACAUACUUCAUCCAGAAUGGCUGGUGGCUUUGUGGUCACAAGGUUUAUCCAAUGCUGCCCGCCAACUGGACAGGAGUGUGUGCACCAGUGUGGGUGACGGACCACACCUACAGGAUACGACGUCGACAGCUGACGACAGCACGCAACUCUUCUGGACGUCAACACAGAGCGGUUGCAACCUUUGACCCUCAUGACCCUAUCUGGGGUGCGAAUGUUCCAGACGACCAUAAAGUAUGGUCCGUUGGAGACAAAGUUGUUCAUGCGCUUUUUCCCUGGGUCGGAGUUGGAAAACAUUCACUCUUCAUCGAGACACUGAACUAUCGUUUUCAAUCCUUUGCGAAUCUCUCACUACAAGUCAACGAUGGACAAAAUAGAGAGAUUCAGGCUAUUAGGCUGAUGGUCUUGCAAAACAGGAUGGUUCUGGACUUGUUGACGGCAGCACAAGUUGGUGUGUGCCACAUCAUUGGGACUUCCUGUUGCACAUACAUUCCUGGAGAAAAUGACACACACAUCUAAGACGCCAUGGCUUCACUGAAGAACUUACAGCAGGCCAUGUCAAAUGACAAAGUUCCACAACAGUGGGGUUUCUUUUGAUGGCUAUUCUCUGGCAACUGGUGGCAACUGCUGUUGAAACUAGUGUCUCCUGUGCUUGUUGUGCUGGUGUUGUUGUGCUUGUUUACGACCUGUGUUAUCCCAUGUUUGAAGUCUGCUGUGAUGAGGGUUGUCUCUUCUACCGUAGCACACGUACAUAUACAACUUCUUAGUCGUGACGGAUGUGAUGACCAUGAUGAAAUGCGGAUUGCGUAGGUGCUAUUAUACUGAGCGUGUUUUACAGAAACUUGAUGAUUUGACCAUCGAAAAUGCUUCGCAAGUGAUGGAUACAAUGAUGUACUGUUUCUGUGUUUUUCUUUUUAUUUAUUUUUAUUGGUAGCAUUCUGGUCGCCUAAGGCAGAGGGACCGUGUGAGACUUUUCCUGCAUAUUAACAUCGGCCAGCAGGUUUUUAGAUCACACAAUAAGUUUGAACUGGAGUAUUGAGGAAAGUCCUCAUCUUCACUGGAAGUUGUUGCUAUCAUUGUUUGUUGUUUUUGUCGUGUUUCACCCUACACGUUCCCCCAACCCGUCCGCUGUCAUCUCAGUUUUUCAUUGAUUUUUUUAAAUUAUUGUUUUUACUAUUCUUCUUUAUAUUUUCUUACUUAUGUUUGAUUGAUCGGGUUCACAUAAUCGUAUGGUAAAACAGGAGGGAUAUGUCAGGGUUUUCCAAAACUAUCUUGAUCAUAUGAUUAUGUUGGAAUGUAUGUAACCAGUAAUAAAUAACCUAGGUAGAUUAGUUUUAUGCUUAUGUUGGUGUGUAACCAGUAAUAAAUAACCUAGCUUGUUCCAUCCUACACAAUGUCGUAAAACAUCCCCUGCUCUGCUAAUCUAGAGGUCAAGGGCUUUUUAACUUGUCUAUUAGGUCUACUGUCACCCCCACCCUUUUUCUCUUAAUAAAGAUGCUCUUGUGGGAAGCGAGAGUCAGACGUCAUUCGAUCAUUGCUGUACGCACAGUGACGAAUGGACUCUCCGCCUGCAGGUGCCCAAAAAGA